AUGCAGGUGAUUCCUCUUCUUAAGAAAGUGAUCAAGCAAAUUGAUGCUAGAUGUCACUCGUUUCUUUGGGCCGGUAGUGGGGAUAUUUCAAGGAAAGCUUUCAUUUCCUGGAAAAAGGUUUGCACAAGCAAGAAUCAAGGUGGUUUAAACUUAGUUGAUAUGAAGGAUUGGAAGGUUGUUCAAUUGCUGAAGCUCCUUUGGAAUAUUAGUAGGAAAAGUGACGACUUAUGGAUAAGGUGGAUCCACUGCUACUAUAUGAAAGAAAAUGAAAUUUUGGAAAUUUCAGCCAAGACUAAUUGGUCUUGGAUAUUCAAGGUUAUUUUGAAACAAAGGCAAAGGAUCUUUGACACUCAAACUUGGAGUUACCUUCUGUAUCAGGAAAAAACUUCUGUUAGACAGUUCUAUCAACUCAUAAAAGGUGAAGGAGACAAAGUGGAUUAG